AUGUUACCGGAGCAUUCCCAACAGCUGUUGCGUGCUGCACGUGCUGGGCGCGUCUACAAGUUGCCAGCUCCGGUCGAAGAUGACAACGACGUAGAAGAUGAGGAGAAAGAGCAGAAAGAGGUCCAAACUGGAUUCACUGUCAAGAAGUAUGUCAAGGUCGCGCGCCACCUCGAAGCGACCGAGCCGGAGUAUCUGGCGAAGAGGCGGAAAGGACUCCCAUCUCAGUAUGUCAUGAAUGGAGUAGCACAGCCAGCAUUGCGAGAAACGAAGGUAAAAAAGCUGGAUGCGGAGGGAAAUGCCACUGUGUACAAAGUCCUUGUUCCAGAAGGGCAAGCUGUUGCUGGCGAGGUCCAGCCUACGGACGAUGCGAUGGAAGUUGCGCCGGCCACAGCCGCUCCCGGAACUAUUGUAGAGGGAGUUGGUGUCGUGAAUGCACAGGGUGUUGUGGUAGCCAACGACAUUUUGACGCAAACACCGCCCCGAAGACGGCCCCCGCCUCCCAAGAAGAAGCGUGGAGGCCCAGGUCGUGGCAGGAAGAGAGUAAAUUUUGUGGAGGGAGCAGCAGAGCAAGGAACGCCUGCGCCCAACGCCGGCGGUGAUCACCUUGCUGUGCCCGGUUUGAAGCAAGAAGGCGGCUCCGUGGAACCAUCCGAUGGCGAUACACCAAUGGCUGAUGCUGGCGGGGAGGAUGACGAGGGCUCUGGCGAUGAAGGCUCAGAUGAGGAAGACCACGAUGGUGAACAUGCUUCACAUCCAGCGACUCCAGUGACACCUUUGAGACCGGCACCACCGCCAACGAGCGCGCCAAACUUGGAGACCACUGAGAUACCGACUCUGGACGCCGCAAUUACUUCAUCCACAACCGCCGCGAUCGCUCCAGAAGCCACCUCACAGCCGUCUGCAAAACAAGAAUCACCCUUGCCGCCUGCAAAACAAGAAUCGCCCUUACCGCCUGCAGACGCGUCCAAGGCGACCGAGCCAAGCGCGAUGCGUGAUGCUUCUAGCUCGCCCGAUCUACCGCUGUCGACAAUGUCACAUAGCCGGCAAAAUUCGCUGAAUCAAAUCCCAACUUCUGCGACUGUCGACGAACCAGAACCUAUGGCUAUCGACACGACUGAGGCAACUGAAACCGUUGAGCCUCAACCUAAGCCUGAGCCCGAGUCUGCCCUCGCCCCUGCGGUGGCUCCAGUAUCUGAAUCUGCAGCUGUGGGCGCGACCGAGCCUGAGGCCAGCCAAGCGCCGUCCACAGAGGAACGUUCCGCUCCACCAUCUGAGCCUGAUCUGAUGGCUAGCCUGGACAGGCAUCUCGAGAAGGACAGCGAAGACAUUGCAGGUUCUUGA